CUCAUAAAUAGUUAAUUCAGCCUACACUUUUCAGUCAUCUAUGAACUUAUAAAUAUUUAUUGCGCUUUUUAAGGUGCCAGUUACAUUCGAAACGCCCCCUUCGUCAACCAAGCAAAGUGCUGUACAGGUGAACUUCAAUGCUGCUAAGAUAGCGAACAAAGAGAACCAAGUGUUUUGUACGCCAUCUAAAACGACAGGAAAUAGGUUUCGUACAGCUCUUGUUCCAUUGGAUGAGAAUUCAUCAGAACUGGCAUCUAAUGUCAAUGGAGGGGAAUCACCAAUCUAUGGAUGUGUGAGGAAAGACUUUCCUGUUAGGAAAUUGCAUUACAGAUCUUACGAUAUUGAUAAUAUUAUAUGCUGCACUACGCCUCUAAGCAUUAGAGAGAAAGCCAUUGCCAUGUAUUGUAUGCAUAGUCAUUUUCUUCCUGAAGGGAAGGUUCUUUUCAUGUUCAAGGACAUAGAGUUAUGUAUAUUCGAUUUGGUGUCUCUCCGAAUAGGUAGUGUUGUGCAACCAUCGAUAAUCAAUGCAUGGUCCAUAAUCUUAAACCACAUUUUUGUAGCUGGUUCAUCACAAAAACCAGUUCGUUUCUUUGCCUCUACAGACAUAUAUAUUGAUUGCAUAUCCCAGCCUGGAAUGAGUUAUGUUUCACGGCGUAAAUUAUUUUUCGAUGGGAUGGAUCGUGAGCUUCGCUUGUAUCAAACCAAUUCACUUGGCUCUAUUGAUAUGGUAAUAAUAUGUAAGAACAGUUUACGUUAUUUUGUAAUCAAAUCUCAAAUUUAUUUAUUUGCUUCCCAGUUCUUUUUCCCGGUGUUUCCCGACGACCAGCCAUAUGUUCUAUGUUUUGAUCUUCCGAAAGAGGUGAUUUUCAUCAUAGACACUUCUGUGGAAGUGAACAAACAUCCCGUUAGUUCCAACUACAACGACUUGUGUCAUAUCCUUCGGUCCUUAUUGGCGGAGUUUUUGAACAACAACCGUGAACAUUUAAGUUCAGCAUCUGUUUCGAAAUCAGUUAUAGAAGUUUUAAAUCUCAAUUGUACAGCCCGUAUCAAUUCAGUAGAUGUUGGGUUGUAUGUGAUGAGGCAUAUGGAAACGUUCGAGGGAGAUACCUCUGUGAAUUGGAGUACUGGAAUAAUGAAUGCAACACAACAUCAACUAGGAUUACUGAGGCUGAGAUACUGUGCAACAAUUGUUUCAUGGGAGAAGAACAAGUACAAAGAUGAGAUUUUGAAAGAGUCAUCUACGAAAUAUGAGGCUGAACUUUCAGAGAAUGCGUCAAAGUUUGAUGGAGUUUUUACAGGAUGAGACAUGUUUUUUUAAAGGAGAUUAUAAAGUAUAAAAGCAUCCACCUGAUUUUUUGUUAACAUAUUUUAGAUACACGAGACAUUUAUUUUAGGGGAGAUAUUAGUUUUGUUUUUUAAUUGUAUUUUUGCUAUGUUUUUCAAACUUAUG